AUGACAGUCACUCUUCAUUGCUUAGCAGACGUGUGUCUCAUACCAAUUGGUACUGGUUCAGCCUCCGUUUCCGAUGAAGUAACAAUAAUCACCAAAUUGGCUCAAGAAUCCAACUUAGACACAACUUUACAUUCAGCAGGUACAACAAUUGCUGGUCCAUGGAAUGAAGUUAUGAAUUUGAUUGGAACAAUGCAUGAAGUGUUACACAAGAGAGGUGUUGCUCGUAUACAAAGUGAUAUUAGAGUUGGUACUAGAAUUGAUAAACAUCAAACACCUCAAGAUAAAAUCGACGUUGUUCAGCAAAAGUUGAAAAGUACUACUUAA